UGUAUUCGCUGGGCAAGAGGUUGAUAUUUGUUCGUCAAGAAAUAUCGAAUAUGCACAUUGUUCAUGUGUUUUACGGCGUUUUUAUCGCUGUUUCACUGCAUACGUCUUAUACGGUUUCUGCUGUUUCUAAUGAUAAACUAAACGAUCGUCUUCCUGAAAAACGUGGUCUGCUUCGGUUUCGAGUUACGAAUGGAAAACUCUUCAUACAUGCCAAAUCAUCUCGAUGGUUCGAAAUACCUUCAAUGACGGAGGUCCGAAAAAACGAACAAAAAAUCAGCAAUAACCGAAAUGCUAUCAACUGGAACAAGAACAAAGUUAAUCAAGUUCAAAGCCAAUUAACGAACAUUGUGAACAAAUUAUCAAAACUUCAAAACGGUCUCAAAACGAUUUGGAUAAGAAGUGACGGUUUUGAUGACGGAGGUAGACGAGGGGGUGCAGGAUAUGCAACGAUUGAAGUUGAUGGAAAAGAUUACGCAAUGAGAAAAAGGGGUUACAACGUUGUUGUAUUGAAUCCAGUAACUGGUAAUGUUGAAAGCAGGGCAUCGUAUGAUACACAUGCAUCAGCUCACGCAGGUCACUACUUUUCGACGUUCUUAAACAACAUAGCGAGCAGGCGCAUUGUUUUGGUUGCGAUACAAGAUGAAGCUUCGAAAAGAGUAACACGUUCAGUGUACACGGCCUUAUGGAGAUUGGGUGCACGAAAUCUAAUCAAACACGAGUAUCGUUCCUCUUUUGCAUUCAUUGGCUGGUCCGGACCCGGGAAAAACAGCAUUGUGACACAGGAUCAACACCAUCGACACCAGGGACCAAGUUUCGUUCAUAAAACCUUUUUUGUCGGUGUUUAACUACGACGACGAUAGGAUUUUUUCUGUUUUUUUUAUAUUAUACACUCACCUAAUGUGUAAGCAUAAGUAAAAUAAUAUAGCUAAGUUUUUUAGAUUGCAGCAGCUAUGUACUGAUGUAA